AUGCCGGGCGACAAGAUCGAGCACCCCACCCCGGCCGAAGCCUUCAAGCAAGCAGCGAACCACGCGGCGCUCCUGCGCGCGCUGUUCCUGCACCCCAAGUUCAAGUACGCGCAGCCGCCGACGGCGGACUUCAUCAAGCCGGACCUCGAGGCGACGCCGACGGCGCUCUUCUUCGCCGCCGACUUCGUGCAGAACACGUACAUCGAGUACGUGAUCCCGUUCCUGCCCGCCGGCGCCACGCGCAAGUGCAAGGCCGUCGCCAACCCCUGGGCCUGGAGCGACCCGGCCUACGCCUGGGAGUGGGAGUGGGACGAGGCGGACGGCGGCGGCGCGCUCAAGGACAAGGAUGGUAACGUGAAAGAGUUUCCCAGGCUGCCCCAGCGCGAGGCCGUCGAGAAGGUCACCGAUCUCGUCGGUCGCGGGUUCAUGGCGAGGAAGGUCAUCCUUGAGAACGGGACGGAUCCGAAGGCCCAGCUUUUGGCCGGGGGCCAGACGUUCGAUUUCGGCGAAGAGGUGAGGAAGGCGGUUGAGGAAACGUAUCCUUGGUAG